UGAGGUCGUCCUUGCGCAACCCAAAUGGAGAACUUUUCAGUCGAGCUCACGAAUUUAGGGACAGGAAACCUAUGACAACGCAACCAUGUCGUUCUAUUACGAUAACGAAACAAAAAAUCGUUGAGGUUCAAUAUUUGAAGUAGUCAAGGUAGAGCAGGUGAAAUAGACGUUUCACAAAGAAGUGAGGAUUAAAUUACAGUACUCUCGAGGCGAAUACCUUUAAAUUAAAAUAUCCCGGUGUUUAUAGUUUUCGGUAGACUUGCGUUUGUGUAGAGGUAUCGUUCGACGUUGCGAUUCUGACCUUGUUCUGACUUGCACGGUCGUGAAGUCGCCAAUACGCGGUCAAUGGAAGUAAACCCGUUAUCAGAGGAUGAGGACAGCUCUUCAGCAGGCUCAUCCAGUGAGCAAGGAGAAAAAGACGAUCAACCAGGCCCUCCGAGCCCACACACUUCUAGCCCAAUAAAAAGAGCGAGCGUAAAUAUUACGACAAAAAGCGUCGCUUCGGAAAAGUCUUCCGCUACAUCAACUGAACCCAGCAAAGAGUACGACAUCUUGGCGUUGGUUAAAGGCUUGAAGCAUAUGAAAUUACCGCAGAUUAGUCCACCGCAAAAUAAGAUCGCAAUGAUUAACCCGUAUCUAAAUGCCGCUGACCCAGUAAAUCAACUGGACCCCAGGCUCUCCGUUUCAAAGAAAAAGCCCAAAAGUGCCAGAAAACGAAGACCUCGAAGAUCAAAAUCCAAAAGAAGACGCAGCUGCAGAGUAAGAGGCUCCGUGACACAUCGUCGCCGACAGGCGGCCGAACCACGUCGCGAUCGUACGUGAAGCGAGAAGUCGUGCGAAGCUUUCGCGGUUUCCAUGAAUGAAAUAAGCAGCAAAAUGCUCUUUCGGGUCGGGCAUGCGUACAAAUCAAUGUCUGACCAUUUGUUACUAGACGGUACAACGAAAGAUCGGUGUACACAAGAGAUAAAUUCAAAUAACAUUGCGAAUUUAUGCAAAAUAUGUGGGAGUCGUUGUUGCAAAUAAAAUUAUCAAAUUGCUUUAAUUGAACGUAUGUCCUUAGCGAAAAAGUGCCACUUGGGCCAAGCACCCGUGCAUUUUCGUCUAUGAGUCUUUAUAAAUAGUUUCAAUUCAAAAAAAAAGAAAAACUCAAAAGCUAGGGUGCAAUGGAUGAACGCCUUCCAGCCAAGCUUUGUCCUUAUAUCCUAAAAAAAGACUCGAAACGAGUCUUCUAGGAUAUUCUGCUUCUAGGAUAUUCCCUACCUUUCAAGUUUCUCGCCGUCGAAAUUUUCAAAAUCGAGCUAGCUGAAGACACGGAAAUUUAGUCUCACCUCAUUUUUUAGAUUAUGCCAGCCAAAAAUCAGCUAAAAUUUCCAUAACAAGUUGUAUUCAAAACUAGUGAAAAGCAAAUUUUACGGGAGUCUCUUCGGAGGAGAAGAGUAUUUGUUACAAUUUAUUUUUUUCAAGAUGAUAAUUAGGUAUUCUAUUAUUAUUAAUAAUCUCCCUGAUAAACUACCGCUGCCCUAAUUACUGAACUAAUUUCAUAUGAAAAUUUCUUUCGUUUUGAAAUCACGAUAGCUUCCUUUAUUGAUCAUUCAACUUGGUCUUUUCGCAUUUAUUCUGCUUCAUUAUUAAGAGGACAAGCCAGAAUCCUCUGGCAAUGUUCUCCUAUCGAUUUGCUUUAUUUUCUGUUUGUUUUUUUUCGUUCUAGUACAUUCUUAAUACAACAUUAGCAAUCACAGGCCUCCCUCUCAUCAAGAGCGGGACUACUCUUGAAGUUCUAAAUAAUAAUAAAAAUAUAACUAUAGUUAAAGUUACGGUAAAAU